UCCGGCGGGCGGGCAGAGAGCGCGGCUGCCGGCGCGGUCGCUGCGGCGGGAGCGGAGUGAAUGACCGAGAGGAGCGGCGCGGAGAGGCAGCCCCGGGAUCAGGAUGCGGGCGCCCGCCGGCAUCCUCAACCUCCUGCUGCUGUCCUUGCUGGUCGGCCUCGAUCCCUCCAAGACUCAGAUUAGCCCCAAGGAAGGGUGGCAAGUUUAUAGUUCAGCCCAGGAUCCUGAUGGCCGUUGCAUUUGCACUGUUGUUGCACCUGAACAAAACCUAUGUUCGAGAGAUGCCAAAAGCAGGCAGCUCAGACAACUACUAGAGAAGGUUCAGAACAUGUCCCAGUCUAUUGAAGUUCUAAAUCUACGGACUCAGAGGGAUUUCCAGUACGUUUUAAAAAUGGAGACGCAAAUGAAGGGGCUGAAGGCCAAGUUCCGGCAGAUUGAAGACGAUCGGAAGACGUUGAUGACAAAGCACUUCCAGGAGUUGAAAGAAAAGAUGGAUGAGCUUCUGCCACUGAUCCCAGUUCUGGAACAAUACAAAACUGAUGCCAAGCUGAUCACACAGUUCAAGGAGGAAAUUAGGAAUCUGUCUACUGUGCUCACUGGGAUUCAGGAAGAAAUUGGUGCUUAUGACUAUGAGGAACUGCACCAGCGUGUAGUCAGUUUAGAAACCAGGCUUCGUGACUGCAUGAAAAAGCUCACGUGUGGCAAAUUGAUGAAAAUUACAGGCCCCAUUACAGUGAAGAUAUCUGGAACCCGAUUUGGAGCCUGGAUGACGGAUCCACUGGCAUCAGAGAAGAAUAACCGAGUCUGGUACAUGGAUAGUUACACCAACAAUAAAAUCGUCCGUGAAUACAAAUCCAUCGCAGACUUCGUCAGUGGGGCCGAAUCAAGGACAUACAACCUUCCAUUCAAAUGGGCAGGAACCAACCACGUUGUCUACAAUGGCUCCCUCUAUUUCAACAAGUACCAGAGCAACAUCAUCAUCAAGUACAGCUUCGACACGGGGCGGGUGCUGGCGCAGCGUAGCCUGGAGUACGCUGGCUUCCACAACGUCUACCCCUACACCUGGGGUGGCUUCUCUGAUAUCGACCUGAUGGCAGAUGAAAUUGGGCUGUGGGCUGUCUAUGCCACCAACCAGAACGCAGGCAACAUUGUCAUCAGCCAGCUGAACCAGGAUACGCUGGAGGUGCUGAAGAGCUGGAGCACGGGCUACCCAAAGAGAAGUGCUGGAGAAUCCUUCAUGAUCUGUGGCACCUUGUAUGUCACUAACUCGCACUUAACAGGAGCCAAGGUCUACUACUCCUACUCCACAAAAACCUCCACUUAUGAGUACACAGACAUUCCUUUCCAUAAUCAGUAUUUUCAUAUAUCCAUGCUUGACUACAACGCAAGAGAUAGAGCUCUCUAUGCCUGGAAUAAUGGACAUCAAGUCCUGUUUAACGUCACCCUUUUCCACAUCAUUAAAACUGAGGAUGACACAUAAUUUUAUUUCCCUUACCCCUCCCUCCCUCAAAGCAGUCUCAUUUGUGAUUAACUCUAAAAGCAUCCAUCUCUCUCAGUUCCUUUUAAUUUACGUUUCUUUCUUCAUUAAACAAAAGCAACAUUUUCUACUAUGUAAUGCAUCUCAAAUAUGGCUGAACCUGUCAAAAAUGACCUGUCAGAGAUAAAAAGCAUCUUAACUCAUGAUUUUGCAAGGUCUGUCAAGACCUUGUCUUGAAAAGCACUAAAGAGGAUUUAAAUGGCUAAAGACAGUUUUUAAAAGAUCAUGAUCUGCCUUAUUUUAGAGUCAGAGACUAAUGGUGGCUUAAAUGCAUGAAUGUCUUUUUUUACCUCAUUUUUUGUUUUAAUAUAUUGCUUAACUUCAGGAAAUAUUUCAGUAGUGUCAGACACAUAUUGCACAUUGUAUUUUUUUAUUUAUUCCAAAAAACAGAUUUAGUAGGAAUUUAAUUUUCUUAGAUGAGGCGUAUGGUUCAUUUUGCCAUCAUCCAAUUUCAGAUGUGGUGCUGUACAGUAUGUUUUUAAAUCUCUUGCAAACAUUUUAUCAACAGUAUGUAUUUCUACCAUUGUAACCACCAUUGUGCAAUUGUAUCUCUUCACUUAUGUGAAAGUAAACUAAGUACUAUUUUUUAUAAAAUAUAUUGAAGCUUAAUUGCA